AGAAAAACAAACAAGUAUCAACCCAUGUGUUGGUUUUUUGUUGCCACUCAUUUUCUGGCUCUCUUACUUCAAGUCUUCAACAGUCCAUCUCUUCAGCUCUUCUCUUGCAGUAUUUCUCAAUCAUUCUCUCUCUACCCAAAACCUACCUUAUCCGAAUAAAUUCUUCGAUUUUCAGUUGAUGAUUUUGCAGAAAUACUAAUCAUCCGCCGUUUCCUUUAACUGUCUUUUUUCCCUCCCCUUAUUCUAUUAUAGGAUCAUUGAGUUGAGUUUUUUUGUGAUUUCUUUUACUUUGACUUCAUCGUUCCCAGCCGCAGAAGGACAAAAAUCUGCAGAGUUUUUCUUUGUUUUUUCAACAGGGAAAAUGAUUGAAGAGUGUUGACUUAGAGCUGCAGCCGCGUUGAAAAGAUAUGAUCUGAUUAUCACUUGUAAGUAAGAAUGUGAACAGAAUUUCUUGCUUCAAGAUGAUGUUUUUCUCAAGUCAUGAUCUGGGGUUUCUCAAAUCUCGCCGCAAUUUCAUCCGCCGACGCUGAAAUCUCGAUCUUGGUUUUCGCAAGAAGACAAAAAUAGAAGGGGGAGUUUUUGUUGAAUUUGAUGGAAGAAGCUAAGGCGCAGAAGCAGAUAAAGAAGCAGCUAACCGCGAAAAGGGAUGAUUCAGCUCUGCAUUCCGCUGCGAGAGAGGGGAAUCUGGAGGUGGUGGUUGAGAUCAUCAAUGGCUGCGGCGGCGACGGGGAGGAGCUCAGUGAGCUGCUGUCGAAGCAGAACCAGUCCGGUGAGACCGCCCUCUACGCGGCGGCGGAGUGCGGCCACGUUGAGCUGGUUGAGGAGAUGAUCAAGUACUAUGAUGCCGGCUUUGCUACCUUGAAAGCCAAGAAUGGUUUUGAUGCGUUUCAUAUUGCUGCCAAAUUGGGAAAAUUAGGAGUGUUGAAGGUUCUGAUGGAGGCGGAUCCUCAACUACUGGCAACGGUGGACCAAUCGAACACGACGGCGUUGCAUACAGCGGCGGCUCAAGGGCACGUUGAGGUGGUGAAUUUGGUGUUGGAGAGUAACAGCAGUCUUGCUACAAUAGCAAGAAACAAUGGGAAAACAGCACUGCAUUCUUCAGCAAGAUACGGCCACACCGAGGUGGUGAAGGCCAUUCUAGGGAAAGAAGCCGGAAUCGCAAAGUGGCAAGACAAGAAGGGGCAGACGGCCCUUCACAUGGCUGUCAAGGGCACCAGCACUGAUGUGGUUGAUCAACUCAUCUCCGCAGAUUCUGCUCUCCUAUCAGUGCAGGAUACCAAGGGCAACACCGCAUUGCACAUAGCUACAAGAAAGGCUAGACUACAGAUUCUGGAGGCUCUCCUGAAAUACACACAGCUAAACAAGGAAGCCAUAAACAAAACAGGGGAGACGGCGUUGGACACGGCCGAGAAAACAGGGAACUCGGGCGUGGUGAGCCUCCUCCAGCAAUCGGGCGUGAAGAGCGCCAAGUCCCUCACGCCGCCUAGCACCGCGGCCCGGAAGCUGAAGCAAACAGUGAGCGACAUAAAGCACGAGGUCCACGACCAGCUCCACCACACCCGCCAGACGCGGAGGCGCGUGCGCGGAAUCGCGAAGCGCCUCGGGAAGAUGCAGUCGGAGGGACUCAACAACGCCAUCACCUCCACCACUGUGGUGGCGGUGCUGAUCGCGACGGUGGCAUUCGCGGCCAUAUUCACCCUCCCGGGGCAGUACGCGGACAACGAGAAGAAGGUGCCCCCCGGGCUGUCGCUUGGGGAGGCGAACAUAGCGCCGAACGUGGAGUUCGCGAUAUUCCUGAUAUUCGACUCGCUGGCGCUGUUCAUAUCGCUGGCGGUGGUGGUGGUGCAGACGUCGGUGGUUGUGGUGGAGAGGCGGGCGAAGAAGCAGAUGAUGGCGGUGAUAAACAAGCUGAUGUGGCUGGCGUGCACGUUCGUGUCGGUGGCGUUUCUGGCGCUGUGUUAUAUAGUAGUGGGGGAGGAGGAGAGGUGGCUGGCGGUGGGGGUGACGGUGAUAGGGAGUUCGAUCAUGGCGACCACGCUGGGGACGCUGUGCUAUUGGGUGGUGAUGCAUAGGAUUGAGGCCUCCAACCUUAGGAGGUCGGCUAGGAAUAGCCGCUCGCAGUCGUGGUCGGUCUCGGUCAUGUCGGACUCCGACGCCGCCGCGGAGGAAGCUUGCAACAAGCUCUAUGCUCUCUGAUUCAUCACUCUGUAUAUAUUAGUAUGACUGAUUGCUUGCCUUGCAAUUGCCUCUCUCUACAGGGAAUAAGAAUAUAGGUAUAUGGCUUAUUUUUGCUUACUUGCGUGCUGUAGCUCCAAGAUCUUGUUAUCUAAUUCGUACACUUCAACGAUAGAUAGGUGGCUGAACUUUGUCACACUGUCUACUUCUUGGAAUCAACUCUCGCGUUUAAUCUCUAA